GGCAUCCGCCCAGACUGCAACCCUCGCGAAUAAGCUUCCAAACUACAGGUCUGAGUCUCUUCUCUCUGAUACACACCUCAUUUCUGUUUACUUUUCUCCUCCCCGGUCUUCAUUUCCAACCAUGAUGCACAGUACCGCCAAGCAGACCCCAUCGACAGAGUGGAGCGAGCUAUUUACCCAUAACCCCUCCAACGAGCCGACCACAUAUCAGGCACUCGACAAUCUUGCGUCGAAUGACGACCUCGGCUUUCUGCAUCAUAAGUUCUGGCACGAGAUCCGUGAAUGGACUCGGAACGACAUCACGGAUAUGACGCGCAUUGUUCACCCAGAUCUUACGGGAUCCGGCAGCAUUUUUAUCGGGGGCAUGAACCAUGCGCUUAACGAGAGGAUCCUUGAGAAAAAUGAUAUCCAGGCGGUUAUUGCCAUUCAUCCUAAGGACUCACUAGCAUGGGACAAGAACGACAUCUCCUACGGGCUGCAAAGGUUUUUCCCUGACGAGAAUGGCAUGACAAGCAGCAACAGCGUCGUGAAGUACCCACUCAUUAUUCCACUCGAGGACAAUGCCAACUCAAAUCUGAUCGACCACUUCGAUGAGACUAAUGCUUUUAUUAAGCGGCAUAGUGGCGAGGGGAGGAAUAUCUUGAUUCACUGUAAAUCUGGGCGCUCACGCUCCGUUGCAGUGCUAAUCGCGUAUCUGCAACAAAAGUUCUGCUCCGAGAAAUGCAUUGCGUCUCUGAAGGAUAAGACUGAGGCCAAGGAGCAGAUGCGGGUGCACCGCGAGGAUGUGACGGCAGCGAUACGCAAGCAGCGCCUCCCUGUUGUCGUUAUAAUGGAACGUUUCGAUGAGCUGCUGGCGCUCUACGACCUCCAACUCAUCGAGACUCCAGACCAUAAGAAUGAGAAGACUGAUAAGCUUCCUGCUUCUGAGCUUAUGGAAUCUAAAGAUAUUGAGCCAGGAAAACAGCCGGAGCUUGUAGCAAAGAAGGAAAACAAGGUCGUGCAGACAAAAGGGGGCGCGGCAGUGCUUAAGAUAUGUGUUGCUUCGGCUUUCUUUAAGAAUAACCAAAAGCCUACAGAAGCCGUGGUACAUCAAUUCUUUGAAGUUAAUGAGGCCUACUUCUAUGAGCUAGAAGCGUUAGAGUACAAGGGUAGGUCGUAUGUUGGGUCUAAACAUGCAUGUCACGGCCUUGUGGAAUUCUGCUUUAGUUAUGCUAAGGGUGAGUAUGGUCUCACGCUGCCAAAAGAUAUAGAAGAGCAUGUAAAGAGAGUUAUAUCUAAAAAUAAGGAAUUCCUAUAGUUUUGAUACUUAUUAUUGUUAUCUUAUUGUUUUAUUAAUGCUCUUUUUUAAGAUAGAAGACUAUUAGAUCUAUAGCUAUUUUACUAUAAUG